AUGUUCUGUGGGAUUCGUCUCUCCCUGCUCCAGGAGUACGACGGAGAGGCUGCGGGCUGCCGGGGGUUCCGACUUCAACUGGAGCUAUACCUGGCCACCGUCCACCCGGCUCCAUCUGGCCGUGAGAAGGUGUCCGUGCCUCACCGGCAAAACCCUGGAGUGAUUGAGCUUGAUGUGUCCUGUCCUUCCUCCCUGGGCCAUCUGGAGUUUGUGGUGCUGGAAUCAGAGCCGUACCUCCCAUUCUGCUUCCUCAACAAUGACUGGUUCUGCUCUAAAGUUGUGGUGACCACACCAGAGGGAGACACAGUCAACUUCCCCUGUUACCACUGGAUCUCAGGCAAUGAGCGGCUGAUGUUCAGGGAGGCCACUGGUAAACUGAUAUUCAAUGAGACCUGGCCAGAGGCCAUAGAAGAGAGACAGAGGGAGCUGCAGAAUCGGCAAAAGGUCUACCGUUGGAGUAUAUAUGCCGAGGGUCUACCCGAAAUAAUGAAAGUUGACAGCGCUUCUGAUCUCCCUGCUGAGGUCCGCUUCUCUUUCACCAAGGACAUUGAGUUCACCUUCACAGCAGUCGAAGCAUUGGUGUCACUGAAACUAGAAACCCAUUCCACCAACAAGAAACAAUGGAAGAGCCUAGAUGAACUCAGUCACGUUUUCAAUAGCCACAAGACUGACGUCUAUGAAUAUGUCGAAAAGAACUGGAAGGAGGAUGAGUUUUUCGGGUACCAGCUUCUGAACGGCAUCAACCCCAUGAUGAUCCAUCGCUGCUCCAAGCUUCCAGAGAACUUCCCUGUCACAGAAGACAUGGUGAAGGCUUCCCUUUUCGGAAAAAACCUUGAAGCAGAAAUUCAGAAAGGCAACAUCUUUCUGGUUGACUACAAGCGUCUACAUGGAGUGACUGCAAACGUGAUCCACGGGAAACAGCACUUCUUGGCUGCUCCUCUCUGCUUGCUCUACGUGACCCCAGAAGAUAAGCUCAUUCCCAUUGCAAUCCAGCUGAAGCAGGUGCCUGGAGAAGACAACCCCAUCUUCCUUCCUACUGACUCUGAGUAUGACUGGCUCCUGGCCAAGAUCUUUGUGAGGAACGCUGACUUCGCCGAACACGAGCUGAACUUUCACCUGCUGAGGACUCACCUGCUGGCUGAGGUGUUUGCCGUGUCGACACUGCGUAACCUACCAAUGGUCCAUCCCCUCUACAAGCUCCUGAUCUCUCACUUCCGCUACACUCUGCAGAUCAACACUCUGGCUAGACAGGCCCUCAUAUCAGAGAAGGGGGUGAUCACAGAGAAUGCCAAUGUAGGAGGUCCAGGGAUGUUGGAGUUCCUGAAGAAAGCGGUGGCCUCAUUGACCUACAGCUCCCUCUGUAUGCCGGAGGACAUCACUGCACGCGGUCUGGAGUCAAUCCCCAACUUCUUCUACAGGGAUGACGGACUCAGGUUGUGGGACAUCGUUCACAGGUUUGUUCAGAAAAUGAUUGUUCACUACUACACCUGUGACUCAGACAUCCAGAAGGACUCUGAACUGCAGAACUGGAUCAAGGAGAUCUUCUUCCAUGGCUUCCUGGCAGAAACCAGCACAG